AUGGCCGACCUCAAGACGACCCCCAGUCCUGAGAUUCAGGAUGGCUAUGAAGACGAAAUCACACUGAACCGAGAGGUGGACUGGACGAAGGAGGAGGAGAUCAAGGCCAAGCGCAAGCUCGAUCUUAUGAUCAUGCCCAUCCUGACUCUCGGGUUCUUUUGCCUUCAACUCGACCGCGGUAACAUGGCCAAUGCCAUCACCGACAACUUCAUGAAAGAUGUCGGCAUCAAUCAGGAUCAGUUCAACGUCGGUCAGCAGAUGCUGUCGCUCGGUAUCGUGCUGACCGAGAUCCCUUCCAAUAUGAUCCUUUACCGCGUCGGACCGGGCAAGUGGCUCACCCUCCAGCUCUUCCUCUUCGGUAUAGUCAGCACCUUCCAGGCGUUCCAGCACGGUUACGGCGCUUUCAUCGCCACCCGUUUCCUCCUGGGGAUCACCGAGUCCGGGUUUAUCCCGGGUGGUCUGUGGACCCUUUCAACCUGGUACACACGCCGCGAGACUGCGAAGCGUGUCAUGAUCUUCUACUUCGGUAACCAACUCGGCCAGGCAUCGGCAAAGCUCCUCGCGUACGGUAUCCUGCACAUGCGUGGUGUUGGCGACCGUCCAGGCUGGUUCUGGCUCUUCGCUUUGAUGGGUGCCUUUACUGUCUUUUGCGGAUUCAUCUAUGGGCUUUUCCUGCUUGACUCCUUCCGUAACCCGCACAGUACCUUCCUUCCGGGGGUGCACUGGUUCACAGAGCGGGAGCUUCACAUUCUGCAAAGCCGUGUCCUGCUCGACGACCCAAUGAAGAGCAAGAAGAAGAGGAAGAUCCCAUUGCUUGCGUUCAAGAGAGCGUUCCUGGACUGGCGUAUCUGGGUUCACUUCUUGAUUACCCUGUGCAACAACGGUCCUCAGCGCGCCUUUGACACAUACGCUCCGUCGAUCGUCACCAGCUUCGGUUUCGGCCCUCUUUCCAGCAACGCCCUCGCAGCCGUUGGUCUGUUCCUGCAGGUCCCGGUGUCGUUUGCCUUUAGCUGGGUGUCGGAUCACUACAACCGCCGCGGCGAAACAGUCAUGCUUGGCUUCUUCUGUCAUCUGCUGGGUUACAUUUUCAACCGCACCUUCACCAACGUCAACCUCCGUGGAGUUCGCUACUUUGGUGUCAUCUGGACACAAACUUUUGGAACCUUCUCGCACCCGCUAAAUAUCGCAUGGCUAUCGCUCACAUGCAACGAUUCUGAGCAGAGAGCGCUCGCUAUGGCUGGUGUCAUCAUGAACGCCAAUAUUGCUGGUAUCUAUGGAGCGCAGAUCUUCCGUGCAGACGACAAGCCGCUCUACCGACGUGGUUUCAGCGUCGCUUGCAGCAUUCUGGCGGUCGGUCUUGUUCUGGCCAUUGCGCGAUUCGUCGAUACAGUAAUUCAUCGCCGUCGCAAGGCACGGCAGGUUGAGGGUGGUGAUGAGGGCUCAACCGACAAAGGCAAUACAAGAGUUGCUUGA